UGUACAUGGCUUAUGUUUAUAUUGGAAUCUAGAAAAAACAAAAUUUAAUAUUACUGAUUAUUCAUUAAAAUGUUCGUAUCGAAUAGUUUGAAGUUCAUUAAAUUUAGAUUAUUUAUUAAAGAUUACUUAAAAUAUUGUGAAUUUCGACAAAUUAAACACAUUCAAACCGAAAAUUCGACUAAAGCAGUAUUAAACGAUAAAGAUACUCUUUUGGAACCGUCCAAAGAUAUCGCAGAAAAAAAAUUGAAUACAAAUAUACCAAGCGAAUAUACUGAAUUCUUAGAUGAAACGUCUCUAUCAAAAACUGAUAAACAAUCAUUAGAUUUAGCCCAACAUAUAUCCGAGCCGAAUUAUUUGGGAACAUUCAACUUAGCCGCUUAUUUAAAUAAAUCAGAAACACUUCAGCAACUUCAUAAAUUGGGAGUAGAUUUCAGUAAAAUUGAAAAACGAAAAGGUAUAGGUCAAUUUGUAUUGCAAUUAGACUUCGAGAAAGAUAUUAAAUCACAUUUAACUUUUCUUAAUGAUGUUGGAGUACCAGCCAAUAGUUUUGGAGAAUUUUUGACAAAGAAUCCUUUAAUAUUUAAAGAAAGCUUAGACGAUUUGCAAACACGUAUUAAUUAUCUAGAAGUGAAAAAAUUCAAAACUUCACAAAUACAGAGAAUUUGCACACUAAAUCCCUAUUGGCUUAUGUUUUCUACCAAAAGAAUAGAUAAACGUUUAGGAUAUUUCCAACAAAAUUUUAAAUUAACAGGACAUGAUGUCAGGCAUUUAGCGACAAAAUUGCCAAGAUUGAUAACGUACAAAAUGGACCACAUACGUGAAAAUACAUUUUCAAUUAAAGAAGAAAUGGGAUUUGAGGGUGAAGAAGUUAAAUGUUUAUUACUUAGUAAACCAAAGCUAUGGAUGAUGAAUCGUGAAGAAAUUGUAGAAAGAUUCGACUAUGCUCAUAAUAAUAUGAAAUUAUCUCAUGAACUAAUUUUAUUAUAUCCACAUAUUUUGACAUCUAGACUUUUUAGAAUAAAAGAAAGGCAUAAAUUUUUGAAAUAUUUGGGUAAAGCACAAUACGACAUGAAUGAAGGUCAAUUUAUAUCACCAAAACAAUUAGUAGAAGGAACAGAUGAAUAUUUUGUUAAAAACAUAUGUAAUAGUAGUAUGGAAGAGUACGAAAAUUUUUUAAGAACAUUGUAA